GAUAACCGAAAUUUCAGUUCUCUUUCUCUCCAACUCUCCUUGAACCACAAUCAGAUCCUCUCUCUCUCUCUGACUCUAUCUCACCCUCAUGGAUUCGCUCGCACGCUUCGUCUGCUUCUAUCUGCUCACAGUUUCCUCCUUCUUCUUCUCGCAAGCUAGGGCCCAAGGUACUGCUUCCGUCUUCUUUAUCGAUAGCUCGACUCAUCAAUUUCUUCGCAGCAACGAUGUCGUCAAGCCUGACUCAAUGUCGCUACCAGAAGUCAGUGCUGCCGUGUCUGUCUUGCUUGGAUUUGCGCCACCUGCUUCACUCUCAGCUGCUGGUUCAUCUAAGUUAAAUGAGGUUCUUGUGCCCAAUCCAUUUAAUAGACCUCGCGCUGUUUUCGUGCUGGAAGUCAGAGGAAUUGCUGAUCCUACUCUUGUUAAACAAAAUUCCAUGUUUAAAAGUGCUUAUGAAACCAAGAUUGACCUUGGCUUGAAGAAAGCUGAGAUUGAGCUUCCUGAUGAAAGUGAAGUAUCUGUGUUUUCUUUGGAUGAGCAAUCGGCAGACUAUAAUGACAAUGAAAUCAGCAAUUUUGCCUCUUGGAUGGGCGGAUCAUAUGUUCCUGAUACAUUGGAAGCGCUAAACGGAGAGUUGGCCAUCCCCUUGGCCAAUGGUGAUCAGUUGAAGCUUCAUAUGUCCAAGGAAGCAGACAGGAAAUUCAUUACUAGCCUUUUGGCGCUCAUCCGCAAUUUUAGAAGGGCAAUGGAGUUGCAUGAAGAUUUGUUGCAUAGUAUCCACAGUCCAGCUGAGCUAUUAACAGGCAGUUUUGAUGGCAUCAAGGUUUUAGAAGAGCAGUAUGGAUCUGACGGUGUUGCUCAACAUGGAAUGGAAGUGCUAGUUGCUGUAAUGACUAAGAUAUUUGAUUUACUCGAACAUGCAUACAAAGGUCAAAUUGUUGGAGCUAUCCUCUUUGAUGGAGUAGCACCUGUUGAAUCAGGGAAGAUGUUGAAUGUGGUGUUUACCAGUCGACCAUCUGCUCGUUGGCUGGCAGAAACAAAGAUCCCAACAAAUACAACUGUUGUGGAAGUGCUAUUGGUUAGAAAAACAAUUGCUUGGAUCACAGGAAUUAUCCUUCUCAUUGCAACUCUCUUGGGGGUAUACUUCCUUCUGAAUAUGCCAAUCACCAGGGAUACGUUACUGUACUCUAAUAUCAAGCUGGACUAGGCAUGAAAGGAGAUAUUAAUCCAUGCGUGUUUGUGGCAGAAGAGGCCAAGGUUGCCACUGUACCUAAUAUGAUGUUUUCUUAUAGUAAGUCUUCAGAUAUGUAUCCUGUUAACAUUGUUGCUGGGAUGCUUUGAUUCCAUGAUAUUGAACAGGUUUCUCUAGCUAAUCAGAGGGUCUCAUUUAUGCAUUAGUGGCGUGAAUUGGGAAAUGGGUUCAUGGAACGGUUACUCAGUUAUCAUCACAGGGUUUCUUUUAUGUAAAGCAUGCUUUGGGCUACGGCACUAGGAAUUUUGAGAAGAUUCAACUCAAAUGUAUUUGGUGGAUUUAAAUCUAGAUUUGGACAUGUAUUGUAUCUAUCUCGGUUCUUAAUAAACACAAUGAUUCAAUAUUAUGAUGAUAA